UAAAAUUAAAAAAAAAAAAAAAAAAAAAGAAGGAGCGGUUGUAAGGCAAUAUUUUGCGAUUAAAUUAAUUAAUUUAAAUUGCAUACGUUAUUUAAAAUACGUUGCAAUUUUCAAUUUCCACUUUGUGCCACUAAUAAUAUGAGUAAUAAUUUUAAGAUCGGUUUUGUUGGAGGAGGGAAUAUGUCAACAGCAAUUGUUCAAGGAAUUUUAAAAAAUGAUGCUUAUCCGGCUUCAAAUAUUUGGGUUUCUGGGCCACACUUGGAAAACCUACAGAAAUGGUCACUUUUAAACACAAAUGUUAGCAUAAAAAACUCUGAUGUUGUUAACAACUGUGAAAUAAUAUUUCUAGGCAUAAAGCCAAAUAAAUUAGAAACAGCUGUGCAACAAUGUCUAAAUGGCAUAGAAUCUCUUAGUAAGAAAAAAUCAAUAUUGUUUGUUUCUAUGUUGGCUGGAAGGAAAAUAAAUGAUUUGCAGGAGGUGUUAAGUGUACUAUCUCCUUAUGCUGAUAUAAGAAUAAUAAGGAUAAUGCCAAAUACACCUAUGGCCGUAGGGGCUGGUAUAUGUCUUUACACAACGGAUAACAAUGUUUCACAAGAUCAAUGUAAAUUUUUGGAAGAUCUAUUGAGUAGCACUGCACUAUGUGAAAGAGUUGAAGAACCAACAAUGGACACACUUGGAGUUUUGACUGCUUGUGGACCUGCUUUUAUUUAUAUUGUGAUAGAAGCCUUAGCCGAUGGUGCUGUGAAGCAAGGUGUUCCUCGAGCAAUGGCAUUGCGUCACGCAGCACAGGUGGUAGUGGGUAGCGGUCAGAUGGUCUUGCAAACCGGUAAACAUCCUGGUCUAUUGAAAGAUGAAGUUUGUUCUCCUGCUGGUUCCACUAUAUGUGGUGUGACUGAGUUAGAAAAUGGAAGAUUGAGGUCUACAUUCAUAAAUGCAAUUGAAGCUGCAACAAAUAGGACGAAAGAUCUUGGAAAACGUUAAUACUCAUGAGAAAAAAUAUAUCAGAAUCUCUUUUACAAUAGAAAAAUGUUAUACCCUAUGCCCUAUUAUAUAACGUUCAGCUAUUAGCACCCUGACGAGAACAUAAUUAUUCAGACAAUGAAGGUAAAGAGGAGCAUAACAAAUUACAUCAUACAUAUUUAACACUAUAAUGGACAAAUCAUAAGUAUGAAUAAGAAAUUAAAGUAACAGGAAAGUAUUAUAUUCAGUACUAAAAUGUCAAUGUAAGUGUUUUGAAUUAUGAUUUGACGCCCACGAUUCGAACCUCAUAAUAUUAUUAUGAGUGUAAAUUAGUGUACAGUUUACCUUAAUGAGAAAGAAUACUGUGAAAUAUCUGCAUAUUACGUAUUACGUAAUUACUUAAAAAAAUAAAACGCUUUUAUUUAAUUCCUUUAAAGAUAAACUAAGAUACUCAGUUUUUUUACUUAUUAAAUCUUAUUUUAUUUUUUUAUUUGAUGUACAUCGAAAGCUUAGAUCUACAAAUUUUACCCUGGUAGGUAUUUAUAUUAACCACACAAAGAGUGGCUGGCAAAUUAGGUCAUUUUCGUAAAAUUAUCACUGUUCAAACCACUAAAAUUUGAUAAAUAAAAUGUUUUUUUUUACCCACAUGUAUGUCGUCUUGUUAAAUGUUUAAUUCUCUACAUUAAGGGCAUACAACAUUUAAAUGUUCAAUUUCAUAAGUUUAAAUCAUGAAUAUAUCUGAUUUUAUGCCUCUAAUGUCGAGAAAUACAUAUUUAUAUUAUUGUAGAAUAUAGGUACGAUAUAGCGUGCUAUUAACAAAUAUGGUAUAGAAAUAGCUAUCUAGAAGCGGCCGAGACUUAAUAAUUAAAACACCCGAUGUAAAACGAAGAUUCUUGAAGUCUCAAGUGUUGUGGCUUCGAAUUAAUUAGCUACUUAGUUGUUGUGCACACGAGCCCGGGAACUUAGCCAAUUUUUCAACUAACAGUGUCAAUCAGUAGAACUUAUCUAGUCAUCAAUGGAAAUAAUAUAGAUUUUUUAAUGUUGUAUUAGUAGUUGGUUUUAAUUACCACCGAAAAAGAAAAGACCAAGCUGCAACUAAUCUUAUUUUACAUUGUAUUUCUUAAUAAAACUUGCUAUGAUAUAAUUUGAAAUCGUUACAGAUAAGAAACUUUUACAGUUUCACUUCUCGUUUAUUGUUUGAAUAUAAAUUGAGAUUUAAUUGAUCUUCUGUUGCUGCCGUUUAUGAUCGAUGAUAGCAACUUCCAUAGACAAGGCAAAAUAAUUAAAAAUUAAAAUUUGUAGGUUUUGUCAAUUUACUCAUAGCCAUAGCAGAUACUAUUAUAUGGACGCCAUGCUUUCAAAAGUCUUAAAGAUUAUGACAGUAUUGUAUAUUUUAAAAUUUAAUAUUGAGAGAUUAAUCGUUAUAUUUUAUUUUAUUGACAACUGUGAAUCCGACUUCUGAAUUAAUUAAUUUAAGUAAUUAGAAUUAAAAUUGCCACAAUAAAAUAUUAUAAUUCAG